CGGGAGUUGAAUGAUUUGCAAGAGGAGCCCUUGGCACUGCAGAGGGAUCUGAGAGAGGCACGUGCCUGCCGCACACAGCCCAGCGAUGAGUGAGACCCCAGCCGCCAACCUCAACACUGGAGAUGCUCCAACUGGUCCCACCACACCACGCAAGGGGCCUCCCAAGUUCAAGCAGAGACAGACAAGGCAGUUCAAGAGCAAGCCCCCCAAAAAAGGAGUAAGAGGGUUUGGAGAUGACAUCCCAGGCAUGGAGGGGCUGGGCACAGAUAUCACCGUGAUUUGCCCAUGGGAAGCUUUCAGCCAUCUGGAACUGCAUGAGCUGGCCCAGUUUGGGAUCAUCUAAGGUGUCAGGAUUUCUGCUGGUGUCACCUGGUGACUCCACAGAUCCCAGCAUGGUCUUUACCACCUUUGACACUUACUUUUGGCCCUUGCAUCCACUUGCUUAUGGGCAGGAUGGUUUUGUAAGAGCCAGUUGUGAGAAACUUCACUUU